AUGUCGCAGCCUGGGCCAUAUACGGUUCCGAAUUACGACAUCUUCGGCCACCACCACCACAGCAAGCCGUUCAAGGACAAAUCCCAUUUCUUGGAGAAAGAUGUUUGGCAUCCUAAAUGGUUGGAUGCGCCGCCGGGCAUCCGCUCCCGAGCAGAACUGCAGCAGGCACGCAAGCAGGGAAGAAUCCCAGAAGUAAGAAGCUAUGAUUUCGAUGGUGAUGGAGUUGUCGGCCAGCUGGAUUAUUUCAUUGGCAAGUGUUUUGAUCAAGAUGCAGAUGGACGAUUGACGACCGCCGAAAAGCGGCGCGCGGAGAAGGCCCUCGAAAAUGGCUUCCUCGACAAGUAUGUCCGAGGAUUGGACGCUACUGGGCAGGUUCACAAGUGUGGCCCUAUCAAGCAGAAGCGCGGCGUCAUCUGCGGUCCCGACAGUGCCAAUGAAGCCAGUGUCUCCACGUACCCGCCUCAUUUCAAUGCUCAUCACGUGCCGGAGCAUUACACGAGGACAGCACUCAACCUAAGCCGAAAGGCUGAGGUCAAGGCUGCCGGGCUCAUUGCAGGUGAGAACUGGGCAGCGCGCUGUGAACCAGUUUUGGAGCGCCAGCCGCCGAAUCAUGAGACACAUCCGCGCGACUGCCCAAUAACACACAUCCGUGAGCGCGCAGAAGGAGACCACCAGUUGGCACGAGUCCGCGGUGGCCUCAUGCCGAUGAGCUACCCGGUGAACCCGGAGCGCGAGUGCAAGACAGUUGGCAUGCAGCGCGUGGAGGAUCCCACCUUCCGCACACGAGGCCAGUUGUUGGAGACUCGCAAAGAGCUCAUGAAGCGGGACAACGAGGAGUUGAGGCUGAAUGGCGACGAGUACUACGUCCCCCUCUCCAUCAGAAAUGGGGAGAGAGAGGUCGAGGAGUUCAAUUUCCGACGGCCGAAGGAAGAGCCGAUGACGCUUACAAGACUGAAGGACAAUAGACUCAAGGACAAGAUUGAGUAUGACAUGAACCACUUCAGCUUUCCGCGGAGCUUCCCGCGAGAGUACCCGAAGUUCUCCGACCAUCCAGACAUUCCUUUCUGGGUGUCCAACGCCGAAGAUGCCAGAAUUGGGAGUAGCCCACCGCAGACUCUGAGCAGGAACCACAGCGAGCCCGCGUUCAAAGUCACCGAGCUACCUUUCGGAGAGGAACCAAGGGAGACCUACGAAGUGAUGCCAGACUCCGCCAAAGCGCUGGCCGCGGGCAAGAUGACCCUGGGCCGCCAGACCGAGCUGGGCAGCAAGACGGUGAAGCGCUGGUCCACCGAUAUGCUGGAACGGGGUCAGGCUCGAAAUCAGCCUCGGCUCUUCGACAACAUCCGACCCGUCAGAAUUGGACCCAAGGAUUUGGAGCCUCUCGAUCUGACGUCUUCCAUGGAGCCGAUUCGCAAUGCUGCCCUUCGGAGACAAGCUGAGGAACGCAAGAAGAUGGCGGCCAUGCCGAAGCGCAGCCGGCUCUACGUGGAUCCAUCCGAGGAGACGCAUGCCAAGCUGCCAGCGCAAGCCGUCGGCUCGAAAAUGGAAUCCUCAGAGGCAACGGCACAGCGGUCGACGAUGGAGCCGCCUCCAUCGGCCACCUCUGCCGCGACCAGGAUGCCAGGAAGGCGUGUGCCCAUUGUCACCAGCGAGCCUGUUUUGCGUUCGCCAGUUCUGGAGACGACAACGCCGAAAGAGCCGAGGCACUUUGGUACCGGAACCGUGCCGCUGGCACAGGCCACCACGGGUUAUGGGGUCCGCUGUGGGGGCUUCCAGCACGUCGAGUCAGCCAUGUCGAUGCAGCGCCCCAGUCUUCGUGAGUCGGGACUCCCGAGCACGGUCGACACCGCACGCUUGAAUUUGCUAGUCAUAGUGGCGGGAAUUAAUGCAUUCUUUGUGCAGCUGGUGCUCGGCCGAAGCCUUGUUCUCUGUUUGCGCUUCAGCCUCAACGUAACUGCAGGAUUGCUGAACUUUGUGGCGCCUGCCUCUCGGAGUCAAGUCGUCAGCAUCGCAGCUGUCUCCGCAGCGCUUUCCGGAGCCGCUCCUUCUUUCGCCGAGCCACAGAGCCUUGAGGAGUAG